UGAAGUUUGUGAUUAUAGGACUUGUUAGCAGACCAGUUCUUGGUAAGCAGUCAGCUGCGUAUUAUUAAAGCGGAAACGACCGUUACAGUGCGCAUGUACGCGCUUCCAUUAUAAUCAACUAACGUUACGCUGUUUGCGCGCGAGCGAUGUCGAUUAUAAUGCAGCGUACUGGUUUAGGUUCGCUAGCAGUGUACAGUGUAGCGUGUUUGCUAAUUUCACCUUGACUGAAUUUCCGCCACUGAAAGCCAGUGUGAUGUUUGACCGAAGGCCAGCCUUGAAAUAUUACCAGAUGUACAUCAGCUAAUGUUGGAAUAUCUGGGAUGUUUCGCAAAGGAUGUAAACAUUGGCGCAAGACUCCCGAAGGGAGGCAACAAUGCAGGACACACGGUUGUGGUUGAUUCAGUGGAAUAUGACUUCCACCUUCUACCCAGUGGGAUUAUCAACCCUAAGGUCACUGCCUUCAUUGGUAAUGGUGUAGUCAUUCACCUGCCGGGUCUCUUUGAGGAGGCUGAGAAGAAUAUGCUGAAAGGAAAAGGUCUGGAAGGCUGGGAGAACAGGCUCAUCAUCUCUGAUCGGGCACACAUCGUGUUUGAUUUCCAUCAAGCUGUGGAUGGAGUCCAGGAACAGGAGAGGCAACAGCAAGCUGGCAAAAAUUUAGGAACAACUAAAAAAGGAAUCGGCCCAGUGUACUCAGCCAAAGCAGCUCGCAGUGGCCUGAGGAUAUGUGACCUUCUGGCUGACUUUCAGGAGUUCUCAGAGAGAUUUAAACAUUUGGCCUCGCAAUAUAAGUCUAUGUACCCUUCACUGGAGAUUGAUGUGGAUGGGGAACUUGAGAAACUCAAGACAUAUGUAGACAGGAUAAAGCCCAUGGUGAGAGAUGGAGUCUUCUACAUGUAUGAGGCGCUACACGGGCCUCCAAAAAAGAUUCUGGUGGAAGGUGCCAAUGCUGCCUUGCUGGACAUUGACUUUGGGACAUAUCCGUUUGUGACCUCCUCAAACUGCACUGUGGGAGGAGUGUGUACGGGACUGGGCAUGCCGCCGCAGAACGUGGGUGAAGUCUAUGGAGUUGUCAAAGCCUACACCACGAGGGUUGGGAUUGGAGCUUUCCCUGCAGAACAGAACAAUGAAAUUGGAGAGCUCUUGCAGUCGAGAGGCAAGGAGGUGGGCGUGACCACAGGUCGCAAAAGGAGAUGUGGUUGGCUGGAUCUGAUGCUUAUCAAAUACGCCCACAUGAUUAAUGGCUUCACCGCCAUAGCUCUCACCAAACUUGACAUCUUGGAUGUGCUUCCUGAGAUCAAAGUUGGUGUUGCAUACAAAGUAGAUGGUGAAAUCAUCCCACAUUUUCCAGCAAACCAAGAGGUGCUGCAGAAGGUUGAAGUGCAGUACGAGACUCUGCCAGGCUGGAAAACAGACACAUCUGCUGCCAGGACCUUUGAUGAGCUUCCAGAAAAUGCACAGAAAUAUGUCUACUACAUCGAAGAUCACUUGGGUGUGCCUGUGAAGUGGAUUGGUGUUGGGAAGUCACGGGAAUCAAUGAUCCAGCUCUUUUAAGAGGCUUCUUGGCCUGCAUGUAGCACUGGCUGGAUUAAUCUCUGGACUCGGGGACGGAUAGUUGUCUCAUAUGAUUCCUCUCCCACCUCACUUCAGUUUCUCCAUGGCAAGAACAUCAUUUUGUGUCACUCAGCUCAUCGUGCAGCCCUUUGAAAUUGAGUAUUUGUCAUAAAUAACAGCAUUCCCGUGGUAAAUCAAAAGGGCUUUUCAACUAGUUACUUUUUGGAAUCAUUUAACAGUUUCUCAUCUGCUUUACAUUAUUCUCCUCUGGUAUUUUGAGCUCUCAUAAGCUCAGUAUCUCCAGCUGGAGUCCAUAUGCUGUACAUGUGCUGCUACUUCAAACAGUCAGGCAUCAGUAGAGAUGUAUAUUGUUGUUAGAUGUUAAUAUUUCACACAGAUUUGGUAAAACGAUUACUUAUACAUGUUAUGUUAAAUGUUCUUUGAUCAUACAAGAAUCAACGGUUAUGCAGUGUGUACUACCACACUUUGUCCUUGUUUUAAAUGGACUGUAUGAUUGACUUACUCAAGUCAACUUCAUUUAAACAUACAGUUUUUAAAAGAAAAUGUUUAUUUGACAGGUGCAUAAAUGUGAAUCACUCGACUCAUUUGAUUCAAGAUUCAAGAUGAGAAUUAUGUACAAUACACCCUGAAAAUGUAAAACGAUUACAGUGGGUGUUUUCUGCUUCUCCAAAAAUAGGAGUAAAAUAUUGUGUUAAAGCAUCUUUGAAUAGAAAUUUAAUUCGCUCCAAAAAUAGUAUAUAAUAAACAUAAGUAUAAUGUGCCUCAAGAAGCAUGUACUAUUAUAAAGGCAGGGGUUUUGAUUCCAUUGAAUGUAUGUAAAUGUUUGCAAAGUCCUCAGAUGUUAAUUAUUCAAUUGUACAACUUUAUGCCACAAGCAUAUUAAAGCCACAGUAAUGAGAUAUCAGUAAACUUGCCUUUCAAUAUAGAUUGUCAAAAUAUAGAUCCUUAAGAUGGUUAUGUGAAUUCAGACGCCACCUCAGUACGAGCUGUAAAACUCACUGAUGUAUGAACUACUUCUGUGGUUGUCAGCGUCUGCUUUUCUGACCUCCAGUACUACAUUUACAACCUUUCAAUGUUAAGAGAUGAUCUAAACAGCUGGGUUGUUUCAGAAACCCAGAUUUGCUUCUGUUUUGUCUCACCCUCUUUACUGCACCUUCCAAUAAGUGAUACAGGAUAACGUGUGCCUUGUUAAUACAGAUGAACAGUGAAACUUGAAAACGAAUUCUUCAUUUGAUCGCGCUUUUAUGGAUUUUAACUGAUAAACCUCCUUUAGUUUCCGAGGGCAUUAUUGUCAUUAUUGCCAAAAGUGCACAUGCAUCCAAAGAAGUAUCUUAAUGGAUAAGUGAAUGCUGUGAUAUAAAGAGCCUUUGUAAAUGACCCAGAAUGAUAACUCAUUGUUUUUCAGAUUGAUGACGGUGUGAUGCACUGCAUUUUCUUUUGCUCACAGCUGCUGAAUAAAUGAUGUAACCUGUGUGUUUGCUUAGUAGCAUCUAUUACACAUCAGUUAUCUUGUAUUAACACAACAUUUCCUCUGCACAACAACAUUUCCUCUUUGCACAAACAUAACUUUUUCUGUUUAAGAAAUCUUUUACUGUUUAUGGGUUGUAUUACUGAUUAUUGGGUUUUCAUGUGUACAGAACACAAAGCCAUAUUCUCUUGAAUUCACAAUUACUGGACACUUUGCUGGUGAUAGAUACUGAUGGGGCUGCAUGGUCAUCUAGUGGAAUUUGCACCAAAACUCACUCCGAUUAAUAAAGUGAUAUAAUGAGAAACUUUCAA